GAAAUCCGCCGAAGGCGGAGAAAAAUUCUUGGGUUUGGGUGCCGCGCAUCUACGCAGGUGUAGACGGUUUUGGCCGGUUUUGGCGCAAAAAUGGGGGAAGCGUAGACGUUUUGGGGGGCUUGGGGUCUUAAGUGUAGAUGCCGCGGUCAGGGUCAUCUACGCAUGUGUAGAUGCCGGGUGCCUGAGGGCAUCUACAAGAUACGAGCACUGGCGGCGCUUGCUCGGCGACGGGCAGCGCUGCCUGCAGGCGGUCGUACCAUGGGGGGGGGCUCACGUGCUCACCAAGUCCAAGUGUGCAACCACUGCGGGAUGGUGUGGGGACGUGACGUCAACUCCGCAACCAACAUCCGGCACGCGCUGGUGGCGAUGCUGCUGGCCCUACCGUUCCAGCGAUGGGGCACAAGCGACCUGCAUCGCUGCAGACUGGCGGCGGCGCGCGGCGGCGGUGGCAGCGGUGGCGGCGGCGGCGGCGGCAGCAGCGGCGGCGGCGGCGGCAGCUGCAGGGGCGCGUGCGCACAUCUUGGUAGCGAAGGGGGCGGGAAAGGCCACGUGGAGGAGGAGAGCGCAGCGCCGCCCAAGAAGCGGCGCAAGCGCGCAGGCUGAGGAGCCGGCUGGUGUCUAGGUACGUAGCGGUCCGCGGUGGAGCUGGCAGGGCUUGCGUAGCGGCAUGACAAGUAGCGCGGCUGUUGACAAGUGUGCCGCGUCUGGCUGUGGUUAGUUGGCUCUGCUAUGGCAUCGCGACUGCUAGAUAGGCACCUGGUUUGGCUAUGUGCCUGUGGAAACCGACCCCGGCUAUGUCCGGGCGAUGAGGUUGUUUGGCCUCAGACUGUGGAGGGGCUCAGCCCCUUUUCCCGUGACCGGGGAACACUUGUCUAUAAGUAAACCCGUAUUUUGGGCCUAUAGCUAGCAUGCUGCGGUCAGGCAGGAGGGCGUUAUGGCAGCAGGUAGGACAGGUAUCACUUA